AUGGAGUCGGACCCCAAUCGUCCCUCCAAAGACGAGAGCCCCGGCACCUCCUUCGAGAACCCGCUAGUUGACUUCCGCGCCCAACUCGACUUGACCGCCACGCGCUACUACGCUUUGGAUCCGACCAACGGUAUCAUAAAGACAACCGAGGCGGGCGUACCCAAGUUCUACCGGGGCAAUGUCGCAAUCCUUAACAGUGAUGGGAUGCGCAUGCAUGUCUCCUAUGAUCCAGGUCGCAACACCUACACUAUCGUCAUCAGGUAUCCUGAGCAAGCUAAAGACGUUUUGUCCCGCCUGAACGAUCCGCAUUGGGAGUUUAUCGACGUUGACACGGCCUUGGAGGAGGCAGAAGAUGAUGAUACUAUCCACUACGAUGUCGACAUCAAGUACUUCAAGCGUCGCAGGAGUUCCUACCUAGAUGAUCUCGACAAAGGUCUAUACGAUGGUCUUUCCGACAAUGAGAAAGCUCUUCCUGCUUCUGGUUCUGGAGUCGCUGCUUCCUAG